AUGUCUCGAUUUCAAUACAAAAUCCAGUACGUAGAAGGCGCGACCAAUAAGGUUGCGGACUGUCUAUCGAGGUACUAUGAGAACGACAAUGCGGAUGAAUUCACACCCAUCCAGGAAUAUGCGAACACAGAUGCUCAUCUAGACCCUGAGUGGGAUGACCUACCCUCCAACCGUAUUGCUGAGCUGCACGCUGGAACGAUCCAGCGCUCAGCACAACUGCCCAAGGAUGUGCAGGAGUCAAGGGAUCAGGAGGCCAGCGAAAUGGCCUCUCACCUGCCCCUAAUAACGCCAACCCCAGGCGCAAAGGACGAGGAUCCAAUGAUUGCCGAAUUAUACACCAACGGACCUCCACUGAAGGCCCAUUUGGAACAGGAUACCCCAUUCCUGGCCGCAGUCCAAAAGGGCUAUGGUGAGGACCCAUUAUUUAGGAAGAUCGUUGAAUCCCCAACAGAAUUCAGCACCUUCGUAAUCUGGGACAAGACAAUAUAUACAAAAAACUGCCAGGAUGAAGAAGUUAUCUGCAUCCCGAGGGUCCUGUACCGUCAUCGAAUGAUGACCGAGAUCAUCAUUGAUAGAGGGCACACGACCAUAGGACACUACAGCCCACAGAAGACGUUGGAAUACAUCCGACAGUGGUUCUGGUGGCCUAGGAUCAGACGCGACAUCGAAAAAUUCUGCGUGACGUGCGGGGCCUGCCAAACGGCAAAGCCUCGCAAUCACUUGCAAGCGGGACUACUUCAUUCCUUGCCAAUUCCAUGGUUUUCGUGGAAUUCGAUAGCAAUGGACUUUGUCAGUCCAUUUCCGCGAUUAAAGGGAUAUGACUACCUAUGGGUAGUCAUAUACCGCCUUACAUCAAUGGUACAUCUGGUCCCCGUGAAUACAACAAGCAUGGCCUCGGACAUAGCUGAGCUCUAUGUCCAAGAAAUUGUGCGACUGCAUGGGAUGCCUGAGUCCAUCGUCUCAGACCGGGACUCGAAGUUCACGUCAAAAUUUUGGUGUGAACUAUAUCGACUCCUGGGUGCGAAGCUACUUAUGUCGACAUCGUUCUAUCCGCAAACCGACAGGCUGUGUGAGCGGACCAUCCGAUCGGUAUCCCAAAUCCUACGGUCAAUCGUGUCUCCCAAUCAAUUAGAUUGGAUAGACAAGAUCCCGAUGAUUGAGUUCGCAUUGAACUCAGCCACGAGCGCAACCACAGGAUUUGCCUCAUUUGAACUUAAUUAUGGAUACUUGCCGCGAAUGAUUGGAGGCCUGCACGGAACCACGAAAUUCGUGGGCGUGCAGAAAUUUGCCCAACGAGCAUUGGCCAACCUCGAGAUAGCGCACAAUGCCAUCAUCAAGAGCCAUACACACCAAACAUUCCAAGCCAAUAAACUAUGGCAGGAGGAGCCGGAGUUUACGACUGGAUCGAAGGUGUAUCUAUCCACGCAGAACCUCGCACUACCUAAAGGUCGUGCGAGGAAGCUGAUGCCCAAAUUUAUUGAACCAUAUGAGAUCACCGACGUUCAUGUGGCAACCUCUAACUACACGUUAGAGUUGCCGCAAGAACUGAAGGAUCGGCGUAUCCUACCUACAUUCCACGUUUCGCUACUCCGAUGA